UUAAAAUGCCGCUUAACCUGUACUUACCAAUGGACGUACUUGAAAGUAUUCACUGAGUUAUAAAAUGUAUUUUAAGUUAAGAAAGUUUAUCUAUGACAAGCUAAAGCUCAUCAUCUUAAUUGGAUGUCUAACUUUUGGACUUAUUCAGCUGACAUCUUUUCACAGACAUUCGAACUAUAGGAGAAUUAACGUUGAUCCAAGACACCUACCUCGAGAGUUACACAUGGGCUUGUCUAAAGUAGGCGCCUCGUCCCAACACGAAACGGCCCAUCAUGCCGUUGCCAUAGAAACUGAAGCGUACCAUGACAACGCCGAUACGAAAGAAGAUACGAGUGAUGAUUCUGUGAACACCGGAGAUUUUGACACUGACGCCGAUGGUGAAUUUGAGGCACAUGGCGAAUUAGAAGGAUACAAUGCAGUUGACGAUCUUUCAAGAAAAUCUGACACAGUGCUCGAUAAUUCAAUAUCAGGCAAUGAAAAUGUAAGAUCAGAGGAAUCGCUUAUUAGAGAGCACUUUGGAAUAGAUCCGCGACUUGAUGAUGCCUCACUCAAGGCUCUGAUGAAUAUAUGGAACACUAUUGAGCUACAGAUGCUGACAGAAACCAAGAACAUCAGCAACAUUAGAAGGAUUCCAUUUCUCCCGAACUAUAGAAACCCGUGUUGGAUUUCUAGACUUGGUGCUGAAGACCCUUAUCGAUUCGACAGAUUUAUUGUUACGAGGGGAAAACUGGUGGAUAACCUAAAUGCCCUGUGGACGGCUCGUAGAGAGCAGGGUUUGCCAUGGCGACUAAGAUGUUUGCCAUUUUUCUAUAUCAUUGGUACUUCUAAAUGCGCUACAACUGAUCUAUACCGCCGAUUACUGGGCCAUCCCGAUAUCGUCACAGAAGCGAAGGAAUGGCAUUGGUGGAGUGUAAGAAGACCACCAAAAGGAGGUCAUCCAAUGAGCUCAUAUGUUGAUGUAUUUGACGGUGUGUCUGAGACAAUACGGAAAGAGUAUACAGAGAAAGAUGGAUUUCCAUUUCAUAAUAUGAUAACAAUGGAUGGGAGUCCCAGCACCAUCUAUAAUGUAACUGGAGAACCAUGGGGAGAUGAUGGUCCACAAUUUACAAAUGCACAUCACAUCCAUCAUUUCUAUCCAGAAGCUAAAAUAGUUCUCAUAGCCAGAGACCCCGUUGAGAGAUUAUACUCAGAAUACUUAUUUUUUAAAAAGGACCACCCAGAGUCGCUUGAGGAUUUCCACAUGAGAUCUCAAGAAGCCAUCAAUGAGUACCUCAACUGUGUAAAAGACACAGGUUCAGAGAGACACUGUGCAUAUGAAGAUAUCAAUGUUGGAACUAGAAAGUUCCGUUUACAAAUUGGUCUGUAUCAUACGUUCCUACUAGACUGGUACAAGCUGUUUCCCAAAGAGAAUAUUCUAGUAAUACGGACUGAAGAUUUGGCUGACAACACCAACCAGACAAUGAGAGAUGUCUUUCAUUUGACUGGUCUAACGCGCCUGAAUGACAAGCAGCUCGACAGCAUGUAUAGAUCAAAGCAUUAUAAUAUAAGAAGGCCAUAUGGAAGAACUUUCGGUGAUAUGAAACCAGAAACUAGGACAUUAUUAAGAAACUUUUAUACAACAUAUAACCACCGAUUAGCAGAUUUAUUAAAAAAUGAAAAUUUCACUUGGGGAUAUUGACAUUAGUAAUUUUAAAAUUACUAAUUUAUUUCAAAGUAUAUACGGUACAAUACUCAUAUUGAAAGAAAGCAUGAUAUUCUUUAUGACUGUAAAACAGUUUACUUG